AGUUCAAUGCACUAUUUAAAACCAAAGAAAUACUCAACUGGCUUGCAUUGUAUCAAUGAAGAGUGCAGUAAACUAGCUAAGCUAAUCAAAUCUGGACAGAUAAACUACACAAGAAGCAAUUAAGUGGACAGUGUCGGUAAAGUUACAUCAUGGCCGGUGCUGAUGUGAGAGACAUCUUGGAGCUGGCAGGUGGAGACGAUGCUGGACCCAUCAGUAAAAAAGACAUCAUCAACUCUGACAAGAAAAAAGUGAAGAAAACGACAGAGACGCUAACAUUCAAACGGCCAGAGGGCAUGCACAGAGAGGUUUAUGCUCUCCUCUAUUCAGACAAAAAUAGAGACGCUCCGCCGCUGCUGCCCAGUGACACUACUCAGGGAUACCGCACUGUGAAAGCCAAGCUGGGCUGCAAGAAGGUACGGCCCUGGAAAUGGAUGCCCUUUGCCAACCCAGCCAGGCGGGACGGAGCCAUAUUCCACCACUGGAGACGAGUGGCGGAAGAGGGCAAGGACUAUCCCUUUGCCCGUUUCAACAAGGCAGUACAGGUGCCUGUGUACUCUGAACAAGAAUAUCAGAUGUAUCUGCAUGACGACGGCUGGACUAAGACAGAGACGGAUCACCUGUUCGACCUGUGUAAACGCUUCGACCUGCGCUUUAUCGUCAUCCAUGACCGCUAUGACCAUCAACAGUACAGGAAACGCUCUGUGGAGGACCUGAAGGAGCGCUACUAUACCAUCUGUGGCAAGCUCACUAAAGUACGCGCUGCUACGGGGACAGAGCCUAAAAUCUAUAUUUUCGAUGCGGGACAUGAGCGGCGAAGGAAAGAGCAGCUGGAGAGACUUUUUAACCGUACCCCAGAGCAGGUGGCAGAAGAAGAGUAUCUUGUCCAGGAGCUGCGGAAGAUUGAGACGAGGAAGAAGGAGCGUGAGAAGAAGGCCCAGGACCUGCAGAAGCUCAUCACAGCGGCUGACACCAACACAGAGAUGCGCCGUGCUGAGCGCAAAGCCACCAAGAAGAAGCUACCACAGAAACGCGAGACAGAGAAACCGGCUGUUCCUGAAACAGCUGGCAUCAAGUUCCCAGACUUCAAAUCAGCUGGAGUCACGCUUCGCAGCCAGAGGAUGAAGCUCCCUAGCUCUGUUGGCCAGAAGAAGAUCAAAGCUAUUGAGCAGAUUCUCACAGAACAGGGCGUUGAUCUGAACCCAAUGCCCACGGAGGAGAUUGUGCAGAUGUUCAACGAGCUGCGCAGCGACCUGGUGCUGCUGUACGAGCUCAAGCAGGCGCACAGCAACUGCGAGUAUGAGCAGCAGAUGCUGCGCCACCGCUACGAGGCCCUGCUCAAGGCCGGCGGGGCCGUCCCUCCGCAGGGCGAGGGCCUGGGCAUCGAAAGUCAGAGUUGGCCGUCUGCUGAUGACAUCAAGACGGAGGCCAAGGAGCAGAUCAUCGAUGUGGUGGGGGCCCCACUCACUCCGAACUCGCGGAAACGACGGGAAUCGGCCUCCAGUUCCUCAUCCAUCAAGAAGGUGAAGAAGCCCUGACGCGGACGAUGUGUUUUAAUCAGAUGGACAUAUUGCACUGAGGGGGGAGCAGAGGGCAUGUUUCCAGGAUUUGCCCGCAGCAGAGGGGGCCAUGUGGUGGGAGGAGGGACAGGCAGGAGGAUGGAGGAGGAGGGGGGUGGAUUAUUUCAUAGGGCUAGUCAUCCAUCAAGCGCCCCAGGAAGAGCCAAAGCCCUGGCUCUCCUCCUAAUCGCGGAUGGCGCUCUCGCUAGACCCCCCCCCCCUCCUCCCCAAUCCAACUAUUCUUCCUCCACCGCCCCACCUCCCUUCUUCUGCAUCCACCGGACUCGACUCAAGCGUCACCGUGACACAGACCACCGCUGACAUUCCAUUCCAUUACCACUUCCCCCGCCUCUGUCCCACCACGGGCCAGCCUGGCCGUGCCGAGGCCGGAUGAACUGUAAAUUGGCAGCCAGGGCUAAUGGAUACCUGCAACAGUACUGGCCUGUCUGUGCAAAAUUAAGCAUUGAGAGGGGAAGGGGAAGCCAGAUUCAUCCUGCUUUCCUACUCUGAGGGAAUUGUGGGUACUAUGUUUUUUUUUUUUGUCUUCUCUAGUCACUGGUAUGUCCAGACCUCAAUCUAAUAAACUGUGUUGUGAAUGUCCUGCUUUGACAUGGGGGGCAAAGCAAGGCAUCUCUUGUUUAUGGUUUCACUCUUUGCCCUCUAUGUGCAGUGCUCUGAUUGUUACAGAGCAGAUAGGUGGUUGAUGCUGUGACACCUGCUUCAAAAAGGCAACCACAUUCUCCCUGCUCUACAGUGGCCUCUGAAAAAAAAUAAUAAAUGUUGUGCUUUUGUAUUUUGCUUUUUUCUCAA